AUGGCUAUUCCAUAUUCCCGUCACAAACACAACUCACUCCAACUCAACUUCUACCUAUCUUCCACCACUCACAAACCAUUACUCACCACCUACGACCUACCUACCACCCCCACACACCCACCACCAACCACACCCCCCCACACCCCCACCAACCAGCCACCCCACACCCCUACCAACCAGCCACCCCACACCCCUACCAACCAGCCACCCCCACACCCCCACCAACCAGUCACCCCACACCCCUACCAACCAGCCACCCCACACCCCUACCAACCAGCCACCCCACACCCCUACCAACCAGCCACCCCACACCCCUACCACCAACCAACCACCCCCACACCCCCACCAACCAGCCACCCCACACCCCUACCACCAACCAAACACCCCCACACCCCAACCACCAACCAACCUACCCCACACCCCUACCACCAACCAACCUACCCCACAACCCUACCACCAACCAACCACGCCCACACCCCAACCACCAACCAACCUACCCCACACCCCUACCACCAACCAACCUACCCCACAGCCCUACCACCAACCAACCUACCCCACACCCCCACCAACCAACCACCCCGACACCCCUACCAACCAGCCACCCCCACACCCCUACCAACCAGCCACCCCACACCCCUACCACCAACCAAACACCCCCACACACCCACCACCAACCAACCUACCCCACACCCCUACCACCAACCAACCUACCCCACACCCCUACCACCAACCAACCUACCCCACACCCCUACCACCAACCAAUCUACCCCACACCCCUACCACCAACCAACCUACCCCACACCCCUACCACCAACCAACCACCCCCACAGCCCCUCGAAGAUAAUGUUGUUAGUGGUCGACUGA